AUGGCUCCUUGGCUGAUUCAGAUCCUGAUUAUCUCUUCUCUUCAUCUCAUCUCUCCAUCAAGUCAACAAGAGACAAGGUUUGUCUAUGAAAACUUUAGCUCCCAAGAAAAUCUUUAUCUAGAUAAAUCUGCAAAAGUACUUCCCAGUGGAUUAUUACAGCUGACAAGCGCUUCAGACCACCAAAUCGGUCAUGCUUUCUACAAGAAACCAAUUCAGUUCAGUUCCUCUGGGCCAGUCUCCUUCUCGACGCAUUUUGUGUGUGCUAUGGUUCCUAGGAAAGGUAUUGAAGGUGGUCAUGGCAUUGCCUUCCUAGUAUCUCCUUCUAUGGAUUUCUCCCACGCACAAGCAAAAAGAUUCUUGGGGGCUUUCAACGCGUCAAUAAAUGGAUCUCAAGUUCUUGCUGUUGAGCUUGACACUCUUUGGAACCCUGAGUUCAAAGAUACUAAAAGCAAUCACGUGGGGAUCGAUGUGAACAAUCCUAUAUCUAUAGGAGUAGCUCCGGCGUCUUACUAUUCUGACAUAAAAAGGAAAAACGAAAGCAUAAACCUCUUGAGUGGAAAGCCUGUACAGGUUUGGGUGGAUUAUGACGGCACUAUGCUCAGUGUCUCGAUCGCACCACUUAAAGUCAAGAAGCCAAGUCGGCCUCUUUUGUCACAUCCCAUCAACCUCUCAGAGAUUUUUCCGAAUAGAACGAAACUGUUUGUUGGGUUCUCUGCAGCAACAGGGAACGCGGUGAGUGGUCACUAUAUUCUUUGGUGGAGUUUUAGCACAAGAAGAGGAUCACUGCAGCGACUUGAUAUCGAAAGACUUGUUGAAGUUCCUCAUUCUUCAGCUCCUCAUAAGAAGCUUCCUAUUAUUCUGCUAGUUUGUCUAACUUUUGUGGUUUUCUCUCUUCUUGCAUGA